AUAUUAAAAACGAACAUGUACAGUGGUCAAUCUUUCCAGCAAGACACUGGACAGACUUACGAAAAUGUGCAUUUCAACAUGUACUAUCCGACAAAUCAGCAACCGUAUGCGUACAAUGCAAAUUACGGUGGGAAUAUGUAUUAUAACGUUUAUCCAAGCCAUGUGACAUGUGAUAACAGUACCGUUAAUAAUGCGACAUCAAUCGAUAGAAUAAGAGCUAGGCAGGAGGAUGAGAAGGCCAUUGAACGGUUCCUCGAGGAGACGGAUUCGGCGGUUCCUGCCAAGGGCAAAGGGCGAGAUCGGUUUAAGAUCGCGGCCGCUAAGAGCGCGUUGAUGUCGGUGGCCGGGUUGAACAAGCAGCUCGAGGCUGUUUGCGCGGGGCUCAAGAGCGACAUUGAUUUGCCGGAGGCGCAAUGGCGGGAGAGGGUCAGUGCCUGUAACGCCGCGAAGCACGAAAUCUGCGAGAUCCUGAAAACCGUGAAAGACGCGGACUUUUUGGGUAGAGUUAAGAAUGAUUUGGAGAAGCGUAAGAAGAAACGUACGAGGGAGCGGCGUAGAAGGAAGGAAUGGAAGAAGGAGAAGUCCUUGAGGGAGGAGAGAAGAGCGAGAUUGCACGCGGAGGCUGACGCGUGGAUACGAAAGGAGCAGGCGGUGAUCGAGCGGGAGAAGCAGGAGGAGAAUUUGCGCAAGGACGCGGAUAUGGUCCUGUCCGACGUUCGCAGCAAGAGAAACGACGCGCGAAAGUAUCUAGGGAUCUUGCAAGAGCUGCAGAACUUGCGGAAGAUCAAGACAAACAUCGCUCGAGCGAGGGGCGAGAAAUUGUCCUCAGCAGCCGAGGAAGAAUUCAAUAAUACCAUUGCUAAAUUAACAGAACAGUGGACUACUUUGGAUCGUGAGUAUGCAGUAGAAGAACAAGAGUUAAAAUUAAUGCUAAAAACGGAUAACGAAAAGAGGAUCGAGAAGCAAACGAAAAAUUUAUUCGACGACUGGGAGAACGUGCUAUUUGGAACAAAUAUAUUGGCUGCUGAGCAAUCUUACAAGGAUGGUUUUAUCAUGAUUCGUGCGGCCUGGGAUAAAUUCAUGAGUUCGGAAAGUGACGCAACGACGAUUCCAGUUGGAUGGAUAGUGCCUGAAAAACCAUCUUCUGCUGCUUGGCAAAAGUGUCUCAAUAAGGAGACUUCUUGAAAUAAGAAUAACUUAAAUGACGUUGUCAAUUUAAGUUUAUUUAAAAAAAAAUAAAAAAACAAUUUGCUAGAAUA